AUGGUGUCUAGCGAUUCUCGCAUUGUUAUAUUGGGCGGUGGUGCCUGGGGUCUUUCAACAGGACUUUAUCUGACAGAAGCUGGUUACUCCGACGUAACAAUCUUGGAACGUGCAGAAACUAUACCCUCGCCGUAUUCCGCUGCAUAUGACUUGAACAAGAUCAUACGCGCAGAGUAUGAAGAUGACUUCUAUUCUAAGCUAGCGCUAGAAGCGAUUGAAGGGUGGAAGACCCCACUAUUUGGGCCAUACUACCAUCAAACAGGAUACGUGGUUGCAACAACUGGUAAGGCACCAGGGAAAGCCAUCACACAUCUUGAGAAAGCAUUGGCCUCCAUUGAGAAAGACCCUGCAUUUGCUCCUGGGAUUCGACGACUAGACGGCGCGAAGGAUUUCAAGAACUACACCUGGCAAUACACGGGCCCCUUGUCUGGGUUCAAGGGCUACUAUAACCCCCUCGCCGGAUAUGCUCACUCGUCGGAUACCAUGAAGGGAAUCUGGGUCCAUGUCUCACAGCGAGGAGUCAAGUCUAUCCUAGGCGAACGUGCAGGAAAAGCAGUGAGGUUGGAGUAUUCCAACGGAAAAGUUACAGGUGUCACUACAGCUGAUGGUAAAACUCACCUUGCGGAUUUGGUCAUCUCGGCCCUCGGUGCCCACAGUGCAGAAUUGCUUCCGCAACUUGACAAGUCUUCUAUUGCUCGUUCCUGGUCUGUAGCUCACGUGCAGCUCACGGAGGAUGAGUGCAAUCUCUUGCGUGGUAUUCCAACUACAAAUAUCCGUGACUUAGGGUUCUUUUUCGAACCAGACCCAAAGACAAAACUUUUCAAGCUAUGUCCGCUCGGAAUUGGGUAUACAAACACAGGCAAGGAUGGAAUAUCAUUGCCACCAUCCCCAGCCCUUUCCCCUUCCCAGGGCUUUAUUCCUAAGGGAGAUGAGGAGAAGCUCAGACAGCUGCUACGAGAAACCUUUCCUUGGAUGGCGGACCGACCAUUUGUGGAUAAGAAGCUUUGUUGGUUUUCAGACACCCCAGAUUCAAAUUACUGCAUCGAUUUUGUACCUGGUACAGAGAAAUCAGUCAUUGCCUUGAAUGGCGACUCCGGGCACGGGUUCAAAAUGAUGCCCAUCUUUGGAAAGUGGGUGACGGAGCUCAUUGCAAAGGGCAAGCAGGAUGAACCUCGCUGGCAGUGGCGUACGCCAAGUGAAAUCGCGUCGCAUUGGGGAGAAUCUGUGAGCUGGAGAGUAGGACAGGGAGCCGAGUGGAGAGAGCUUAUCAGGGCAGAGUCUAAGGGGGCUGCCAAAUUGUAA